AUGUAAACAAUGUCUUGUCAAAGCAGCACUCGCUCAGCAAAAGACCGAUAUCUGUCUAUCCUUACUAUGUCUCGCUGGGAACAGCUCUAUAUAGAAAAGAAGGGCCACAAAUAAAGAAACCAGAUCCAGUUACAGUGCCGCUGGACCCCUAUAUCUGGCAGUUCUUACGGAGAAAAAAUAGCCUCAUCGAAGCGAUAUGUUCUGAGAUGGCAAAUUGUCAUUGUGAGAUAGAAUGGCCUAAAGGCAACUGUGCGGAGCCAAAAGUUAUUCUGCAUCCUUCAGCUGCUUUGUCUGAGAGGAAGAGAUCAGUGGCUCAGUUGAUCAGGACAUGGAAUGCGGUGGCUUCCACAACAUUUUCAUACAGCAUAUCAAAGUAUGAAAUAGAGAAGCUUAAAUUUUUACAACGUAUUGAUAACGAAACCCUGUCACAGAGCCUGUUUUUGUCAAAACACAUCAGUGCCUUUUAUGAGCUUGGCCCAGAUGCUGUCCUUCUGAAAGGAAAUGAUGACGAAACUCUCCUAAAAGCAGAAGAAGAGCUAAAGAAGGAACUGGACUACAAAAGCAUUACUUUAGAAGAUGAAUCCAUCCUCCAGAAGGAGGAAUGGACAGCGCUCACUGAGGAGAACUGCUGUAAUGCAGCCGUAACAGUCACUCAGAAAGAGGGUGAGAUCAUUGUUGCUGGCUUUUCUCAAGCAGUAGCGAAAGCCUUUGAAGAGCUUUUUAACUUUGUAGAUGAGAACACGCAAGUACAAAAAGUCAUCGGAGGGAAGCCCACCGUAGUCCUAAUGUACAUUGAGAAAGAGAGGGCCUCUGUCUUGGAUGACUUGAAGAAUAAAGGUGUGAAAAUUGACUUCAGUAAAGUUAUAUCCUUGAGCGGACCGAGAAGAGAGGUGCUGAAAGGAACUACCCUGAUUGAGCAAAUGCUGUCCGGGCUGCAUUACAAGCGUGUGGUAAUUAAUGAGCCAGGAGCCAGGUCGUAUUUCAAAGAAAGAGAACGCUUUUUUGCUGCCAGUGUGAAACAUGAGUGUAACUGUCUAAUCAGACUGGAAGAGCAGCCAGAAGAGUAUCUGGAAGAACAACAAGCACACACUAACGUAGGCAAGCGCUAUACACAGAUGACAGUGCAGGGAGUUCUAAUAGAGGUUUAUAAAGCCAACUUGUGCACUCAUCACGUUGAUGUUGUGGUGAACGCAUCAAAUGAAGACCUAAAACACAUUGGUGGCCUCGCUUGGGCACUGCUCCAAGCAGCUGGUCCAGAGCUGCAGGCUGAGUGCGAUGAGGUGGUGAGGAAGAACGGGCGUCUGCAGGCUGGGUGUGCAGUGAUCACAGGAGCAGGGAAGCUCCCCUGCAAACAGGUCAUCCAUGCUGUUGGGCCCCGGUGGAAGGAGCAGGAUGCAGGAAAGUGUAUGCACUUGUUAAAAAAGACCAUUAAAAUGAGCCUGCAGCUGGCUGAAACGUAUAAUCAUCGCUCUAUAGCUUUCCCUUCUGUAAGCGGAGGGAUUUUUGGCUUCCCGCUGCACAAGUGUGUAAAUGCAAUUGUGUCAGCCAUCAAGAAAACCCUGGAAGAAUUCAACGGGAAAAGCAACUUGAAGGAGAUUCAUCUUGUGGAUAUCAUAGAGGAUAACGUUCAGGCUUUCAUCAAGGCACUGAAAGAAAUGUUUUCAGAUGAUGUACCUCUUAACGACCCCAAGCAAUCUCUUAACACUCAGACCAACAUUGUUCAUCAGCCUAGCAAAAGGUCAGCUUCUCAAAGUGGCAUGAACUUUGCAUUGGUAACAACUGAGGAAGGCCUUGACAUCAUGCUGAAAAAAGGAAGCAUUGAAGAUGUCACAACAGAUGGUGUUGUCAUCAGUGUUGGUGGAGAUCUACAGCUUGACAAAGGACAACUUGCCAAAGCCUUGCUAAGCAAGGCAGGACCAAGGCUUCAGGCAGACCUACAUGACGAAGGCCUGGGAAAAUCACAUGGUGAAGGAUCUGUGUUCAUAACAAAAGGUUACAGUCUGAGUUGCAGUUAUGUGUUUCAUGCUGUCGCACCUAGUUGGUCAGAGGGAAGUGAAUCUGCAGUGAAGAUCUUGGGCCGGAUCAUCACAAAAUGCCUGCAAUCUGCUGAGGAACUAUCUUUGAAGUCCAUUACUUUCCCAGCGAUUGGAACAGGGAUCUUAGGUUUCCCAGGUUCUGUUGUUGCUAAAUUGCUGUUUGACACGGUGUAUGAGUUCAGUAAUAAAAAGAAAACCAAUUCUCUUCGGGAAGUUCACUUUCUGUUGCAUCCAAAAGAUGUAAAUAAUCUUCAGGCAUUUUCAAAUGAAUUUGAGAGACGGUGUGGCAAUGAUGUAGAUGAGGCUAGCGAAGGCACAGCUUUCUUUGGUCCCAUUUUAAACCCAGCACAGGAUGUAUAUGAAAUGACAAUUGGCUCCAUCAAGUUCCAGGUGGCCGCUGGUGAUAUUACCAAGGAAACUGGAGAUGUCAUUGUAAACAUAUCAAACAAAUCUUUCAACCUCAAAACAGGUGUCUCUAAAGCAAUUUUGGAAGGUGCUGGGAAAGAGGUUGAAAAUGAAUGUGCUGAACUAGCCUUGAAGCCUAAUGAUGGCUAUAUAACCACCAAAGCAGGAAGCUUGCCAUGCAAAAAAAUAAUCCAUUUUGUUGCUCAAGAUGAUGUUAAAGUGCCAGUCUCCAAAGUGCUUCAGGAAUGCGAAUUACAGCAGUGCACCUCUGUUACCUUCCCAGCGAUUGGAACAGGUCAGGCAGGCCGUUUUCCAGAUACAGUAGCUGAUGAGAUGAUGGAUGCAAUAACUGACUUUGCAAGGAGCAACUCUACUCCAUCUGUGAAAACUAUUAAAAUUGUCAUUUUUCAGUCACGUCUGCUGAACGUGUUCCAUACAAGCAUGAAAAAAAGAGAAAAUCCUGGUAAAACAAAAUCAAAAUCAUUUCUUUCCAGGAUGGCAUCAUUUGUGUCUCUCGUUGUAGCAUUCCUGAUCCCUGAGAAGCAUCCUCCAAAGGAAAAACGCAAAGCAGUUUUGGAAAAUAAAGUUGAUCGGGCUGUUGUUCAGAUUUGCGGUGAAAACGAGAAACAAGUGGAAGAAGCAGAAACCUUGCUGAAAAGUACAAUUCUGAAGGAACAGUUUCAAAGAGAAAUCAAGGAUGACUCCAUCUUGGAUUUUGAUGAGGCAGAGAAUGAGGAACUGCGUGACCUACAGAAGAGAUUAAAUAUUGCUCUGUUCUUGGGAGACAACUUUAAUCAGGAAUCAACAGCACUCCCUGAAAAAUGGGACGAUAUGCAAAAUCAGCAGCUCAAAAUAGUGAAAUUGAAACCAGAUACAAAAGACUACAACGAAGUGAAGGAAAGGUUUCUGAAGACCACUCCGUCACUAAAUCUAAAAAUUGAAAAGAUCGAAAGAGUACAGAACCCAUCUUUGUGGAAAGUCUACCAAAUAAAAAAGUGUCAAAUGGAUGCCAAAAAUGGCAACAACAAUAAUGAGAAGUUUCUGUUCCAUGGGACAAGUGCAGAAUCAUUAACUUUCAUUAACAACUAUGGAUUUAACCGCAGCUAUGCUGGAACGCACGCUGCACAGUAUGGAAAUGGAACUUACUUUGCUGUUAAUGCCAGCUAUUCUGCUAAUGACACCUACUCAAAACCAGAUGCCAAUGGGAAGAAGCACAUGUACCUGGCUCGAGUCCUUGUUGGACAGUAUUCCCAGGGGACACAAGGAGCAAUUACUCCAGCAGUAAAGAGUGUUGGCAACAGUGUGGAUCUGUUUGAGAGUUCAACUGAUAAUGUGAACAAUCCAUCCAUGUUUAUUGUAUUUAAUGAUAUUCAAGCUUACCCGGAGUACCUUAUCACUUUCACUAGAUGAGCAUUUUGAUUGCAGCCAUGAUUGCAUGUCUCUUAGCUUUUAUGUUAUAAAUCAGUCCUACAGAUCAACCAAAUAUGCAGUGAGAACUAUUUAUAGUUUUUUCAAAUUAAUUUCUAAAGGCCUGUUUAUGUUCAAGCAGCCUCUGGUUCUUUUUGAUGUCCUGAGCAUAGACUAAUGUUUUUCCUCUCAGAGUAAUAGCUGAAUGCAUUUAAGACAAGUUUAAUCUGGCAUGUAGUCUAACAGCAGUUUCCAGUAGACGUCCCACGCCUCUCCUAUCGUGAUCCUCCAUGCUGUGUUCUGGCCAUCCUAGCUGCAGCAGUGCUGGUGGGGGAGAGUGAGAGACAGAGUGCUUGGUCUCACGUUUCUGAAAGAGUGAGGAGCUGUCAUCAAUUAUGAUGCAGACUGUCAUUCACAGUUCUCAAUAAAUGAACUAUCUGUACUUAA